AUGUACAUUCAGAUGAUCGCCGGUCUUUACCAACGCCUACAGAUCCUCCUGAUUGGAGCCCCCUUUGCCUAUACCCUCAUCCACUCCAUCGACUUCCUUCGCGAGAACUGGCCUCAACUCGUCCAGGACAUCACAACUGGCACUCUCACUGAUAAAAUCACAGACCAAAACCUACGUGACUCAGUCUCAGACUUACUCAAGAGUUCUAAUCCCAGACUAGGAAACUUCAUAGCGCAUCAUUGCUCAAACAGCGAAGACUGGUCAGGUAUCAUAACUAAAAUCUGGCCCAACACCAAGUGUCUGAAAACAAUUGUGACUGGUUCGAUGUCACAGUACAUAACGAUGCUGGACUAUUAUAGCGGUGGACUACCAAUUGCAAGCAUGAGAUACGCAUGCUCAGAAUCUCAGCUUGGGCUCAACCUAAAGCCAUUGCGCGAUCCUUCGGUAUGCAAUCCGUCAGAGGUCUCAUACACACUACUCCCUAACAUGGCCUACAUCGAGUUCAUACUGCAAAAACCCACAGACGACGAUGCUCAGCAAGACAUCUUCAACCUCACAAAUGUGGAGCUGGGAAACAUGUAUGAGUUAGUGGUUACUACAUUCGCAGGGUUGUAUAGAUAUCGAGUUGGUGAUAUUUUGCAGAUGACCGGAUACCACAAUACCGCUCCAAAGUUCAAGUUUGUGGCACGGAAGGGCGCGCUAUUGAGCGUCGGUGUAGAAAAGAUAACAGAGGCAGAGCUGCAAAAGGCUGUGGAGGACGCAUCAGGACUACAGAGAUCGUAUGGCAUGAUUGUGGAAGAUUACACGAGCUACACGGAUGUAGAGACGAUGCCUGGACAUUAUGUGAUGUACUUGGAGCUAACGGUACCGAACGGAGAGGCAGGGGAGUCAUUAACACUGCUUGAUGGUGGUGCUAAAAAGGUGCUAGAAAGAUGUUGCUCGGAGAUGGAGGAUGGAUUCAACGAACUGUAUAAGAACUUACGGAUGAACGGAAAAGUUGGGACAUUGGAGAUUAGGGUUGUUAGGGGUGGCACAUUUGCGGAGCUGAUGGAUUCUGCGGUUUCAAGAGGCGCAUCCAUCGCUCAAUACAAGGUUCCCCGGUGCAUUAGGGUUCCAUAUAUGCUUGACAUCCUCAAUCGUAGGGUAGUGUCGUCAUAUUUCAGUCUAGCUUCUCCUCCUCAAUGGGAACCUUACAAGUCUAUAUGUUGA